GCCGAAAACAAAAAGAAAAAUAUGUACAUGGCAAUCAUGAUUAUCCUCUUCCUUAGCUCCAUUCUUCUUUCUCUCCUAUUGCUCCUUAGAAAACAUUUGUCACACUUCUCCUAUCCCAACCUUCCUCCCGGAAAUACCGGCCUUCCCUUAAUCGGAGAGAGUUUCUCCUUCCUCUCUGCUGGCCGUCAAGGCCAUCCAGAGAAGUUCAUCACUGACCGAGUUCGUCGUUUCUCCUCCUCCUCCUCAUGUGUCUUCAAGACCCACCUCUUUGGGUCUCCCACCGCGGUGGUGACUGGUGCAUCUGGGAACAAGUUUCUAUUCACUAACGAGAACAAGCUUGUGGUCUCGUGGUGGCCAGAUUCCGUUAAUAAGAUCUUCCCUUCUUCAAUGCAGACGAGCUCCAAAGAAGAAGCCAGGAAGCUGAGGAUGCUUCUUUCGCAGUUCAUGAAGCCCGAGGCUUUGAGGAGGUAUGUUGGUGUUAUGGAUGAGAUUGCUCAAAGACAUUUUGAGACGGAAUGGGCCAAUCAAGAUCAAGUCAUUGUCUUCCCUCUUACCAAAAAGUUCACGUUUUCAAUAGCAUGCCGUUCGUUCCUGAGCAUGGAAGAUCCCGCAAGAGUAAGGCAACUAGAAGAGCAAUUCAAUACGGUAGCGGUAGGGAUCUUCUCAAUCCCAAUAGACUUGCCAGGAACACGGUUUAACCGAGCCAUCAAGGCGUCGAGGUUACUCAGAAAAGAGGUUUCCGCUAUCGUAAGGCAGAGGAAAGAAGAGCUCAAAGCCGGGAAAGCAUUAGAGGAGCACGACAUAUUAUCUCACAUGUUGAUGAAUAUAGGAGAGACCAAAGACGAGGAUUUGGCUGAUAAAAUUAUUGGAUUGUUAAUCGGAGGACAUGACACAGCUAGUAUCGUAUGCACUUUCGUUGUCAAUUAUCUUGCUGAAUUCCCUCAUGUCUACCAACGUGUGCUACAAGAGCAAAAGGAGAUACUAAAGGAGAAAAAAGAAAAGGAAGGAUUAAGGUGGGAGGACAUUGAGAAAAUGAGAUAUUCAUGGAAUGUUGCAUGUGAAGUGAUGAGAAUUGUUCCUCCUCUUUCUGGCACUUUUCGUGAGGCCAUUGAUCACUUCUCUUUUAAGGGUUUUUACAUUCCCAAAGGAUGGAAGGUAAGGCUACUCCAAAAUCCUUAAGACAGUUUGACAUACAUAUCAAGCUCAUGCACAAAAUCAUAUAUAUGUUUUGAUCAUAAACAUAGUUAUAUUGGAGUGCCACCGCGACACAUAUGAAUCCAGACUACUUCCCAGAACCAGAGAGAUUUGAGCCAAACCGUUUCGAAGGAAGUGGUCCGAAGCCUUAUACCUAUGUUCCAUUUGGAGGAGGACCAAGAAUGUGUCCAGGGAAAGAGUAUGCUCGUCUAGAGAUUCUUAUAUUCAUGCACAAUCUUGUUAAUAGAUUUAAGUGGGAAAAAGUGUUUCCAAAUGAAAAUAAAAUAGUUGUUGAUCCCUUACCAAUACCAGACAAAGGUCUCCCUAUAAGAAUUUUUCCUCAAUCUUGAGUCUAGUUUGAAACUUGAUAUGGAUCACUAGUUGGUGCUACGUUAGUCCAAUAUCCUAGUGUAUUGGUCUCAAGUCUUCAUUGUAUUUGUUGAUUCAUGGAUAAUAAUAAUAAAAAAUCCGCUCACUUUCUUCGCAAACUAGAAUCUC